AGGCCGCCAUGAAGGGAGCGAAUUUCAUCUUCGUGGGCACCAAGGACCAGGCCCAAGAUGCCAUCAGGAAGGCGGCGAAGCGGACGAACAGCGUUUUCGCCGAUAGCAGGUUUGUCGGCGGCAUGCUGACCAAUUUCCGGUGUCGCCAAGAGAGUAUCCAGUUGAUGGAAGCCAUGGAGAAGCAGCAGGCGCAGGGCGUGUGGGAAGGCGACUCCGAGGCAGUUCGACGAGAGAAAGAGAAGAGACUGAAGAAGCUGCAGCGCCUCUACAAGGGCAUGCAGGAAAUGGACAACUAUCCCGACAUCGCCAUUAUCGUCGACGAGAAGAAGGAACAUCUUGCCCGCGCGUCCCCGAAUUUUCUCUCGUCAUCAAUUUCUCUUUUCCCCACAUCACGCAUCCCCUGUUGUAGUCUUGCGAGUUUCAUAUCUCGUUCUCUCUCUCUCUCUC